GAUCACAGUUAUUAUGGCAGUAUAAAUACCGAGGACUCGCCUCCGUUUGUAAUUUUCAAACACUUCUUGGCGGGGGAGGUCGACAACAGUCUCCUGGCUCUGUCAAAGUACUGCAAGAGAGAGAUAGAGAAAGAGAGUGGGCUAACUGUGACGAACCGACGGGCCACUUGCUUCCUACGGGGAUUAUAGGAUGGUAAUCAGGGUAUACAUCGCCUCUUCCUCCGGGUCUGUCGCGGUGAAAAAGAGGCAGCAGGCGAUCGUGGGCUUCCUGGAGGCGAAUCGGAUUUUGUUUGAGGAAGUAGACAUCACCAUGCUGGAGAACGAGAGGCAGUGGAUGUACCGGAACAUUCCGCAGGAGAAGCACCCUGAGAAGGGCAACCCCAUGCCCCCGCAGAUCUUUAACGGACAGGAGUACUGUGGGGACUAUGAGGAUUUCUUCCAAUCGAAGGAGAAUAACACUGUGUUUUCAUUCCUGGGACUCAACUCCCACCCCUCAGUGAAGGAAUCCGAAUCAUAAGCGUUGCCAUGGAAGAGUGUGUGGAUAGAAUUGUGCCGCAUCACUUCCUGUUUCGGGGGAUCUCACCCAGACCACACUGAAGCCUUGCCAAAUGAUGAUGCUGUCCACACACACACACACACACACACACGCAGACACAUACACACAGACACUUACGCAGACACAUAUACACACACACACAUACGCAUAUACACAGACACACACACACACACACAGACAACUGCGGCAACAGAGGAGUUUGGCCCUCAACAAUAGACACUUAUCUUUUUUUGUCUUUUGUAUGACUUGUAUACUUGUGACCGGUGGGAUGUAGCUGAUAUUAUCUAUGCUCAAAUAUUAGACUAUAAUGUGGCUUCAGAGAGGGAAGUAGGAUGACGUGUGUGUGUGUGUGUGUGUGUGGUCGUGUGGUCAAGUUCAGAAUUCUAUCUGUUUCACUGACAAACAGAAUAUAUGAUUAACCUGCCGUGCAGGUCUCUGUUUGAAUGUGUCCGCGUGUCUGUCCACACACACACACACACCCGGACACUAACAAACACACAACGCUUUGUGUGUGUGUGUAUGUGGGUGUGUGAGUGAGAGAGAGUGUGUGUGUGAUAGAUUUUAUCUGGGUUCAAUGAGGGUCAAGUCUAGAGUGAUGAUAAGUAAGGCAUGAAGACCUCCAUGUUUUGUCGUGUUGUUUUCGAUGUCACUCUCUAACUGUUAAUGUCAGAUAUGCCGUUACGUUCCAGGAACUGUGAAGUGAUGAAUAUUGUGUCCCCUCGCUUUACUCCGAAAGGCCUUGUCAAGAAUGACUGAAAUGAUUGACAGCCUUAAAUCUCUGUAUACUGUAUCUCUCCUCUCUCGUUCCUUCUGCCUCUUCUUUUUUGUAAAUAUUUGUCUGAACUACAUCCAUUUUCGUGCUGUGUGUCUGCUGUCUGUCUGCUUGCCUGUCAUUAGUGUUGAAAUUGAAGAAUUUAUUUUCCUCUUUUAACUCUCUUCUUAGUGGUUCUUUUCUCUCUCUCUCUCUCUCAGGCGGUUAAUCACAUGUAGCAUGAAACACUAUAGUUUGGACAUUAUUUGGACAUCUGCUUUGUCUGCCCCCUCCCACCCCCCCAACACACACACUCACACACGCAUAUUCGCUCACCUUAUGUGGAUUAAACGGGUGGUUUUUCCUGGAUGGAAUAGGAGUCACAUGUUCUUUGACCUCAGAUUAGUGUGGCAGACAGAGUCACUGCUUUCCAUUAUAUGUCCCCAUCUCUCUCUCACUCUGCUCCCCCUCUCUCUCUCUCUAUUUCUCUCUCCCUACCUACCCCCUCUCUCUCCAUCUGUCCCCCCACUCUUUAUCCCUAUUCAUUCUUUACUUCCAUCUCUCUUUUAUUCUUUUCAUCUCAUCGCUACUUCCAUCCCUUCCACCCUUCUGUGAUCCUCUCGGCCUUCUCUCUCUCUCUCUCUCUCUCUCUCUGUUUUUCUCUUAUUAAAUUAUCAUGGGUGGAUGAGCUCCUCAUUCAUGUUUGCACUUGACUGACACACACAUACAGAACUCUCCCUCGUCAUCUCUCUCUCUCUCUCUCUCUAUCCCUCUAUUCCUAUUCCUUCAUCUCAAAGGCAGUCGCUCUCGCUCUCUCUCUCUCUCACUCCCUCUGUAGAGCUUUCACCCCUCUCUCACUCCCUGCCCCUUUAUGUCUCUUUCUUUUCCUGUCUUCAUGUCUCUCUCCCUUCCUCUCUCUCUCUUAUCUCUUCUACCCAUCCAGCCUUUCCAUCAUACUCCUCUUUUCUUCCUCACUUGUUAAACUGCAGAUUAGCCAAACGCCCCCUGGUGGCCACUGACCGUCAUGCUGAUUAAGAUGCAAACUAUUUUUCAUCACAGAAGAAGUAUGAAAUAUUGUAUUGUUUUGUAAAUAAACAGUAUAUGCCUG